UCUUCCCGCAACGCGCGACGUUUAUCUGAUCGGAAAUCGGAAGUAGUCUCGCAAUCUCAUCUCGCGGCUCACGGGUGACACGGGUCAAUUGCAGUCGGAAAAUGGCGUCGUCGAAAAGCCAACGGUGGAUGGUAGACUCGGGCAUUCUACGUAAAAAGAAUAUCGACGAGGAACCGCAGGAGCUGUUGGUGUUUGGAUAUAGCUGCAAAUUAUUUCGCGAUGAUGACAAGGCGAAAAUGAUUGAUCAGGGAAAACAUUUGAUACCAUGGAUGGGCGAUAGCGCAUUGAAGAUAGACAGAUACGAUGGACGAGGAGCACUGGCUGACUUACGGAUUCAUGAGCCACCACCAGGUGGUUUUGAUCAACGGACGAUACUUACCGAAGAGGAAUUGAAAGUUGAACAACUUUGCGACGAGGAGCGCUAUCGAUCCCUCUACAACAAUGAUGCGGAAGAAUCCAUGUAUCAUGAAGAGGAAAUAAAAAGAUUACAUCAAGCAUUGGAUUCUGAAUCUUCGUACAAUCAAGCAGGAUAUAAUUACAAUGAAGAUGAAAACAAUCAGAAGGCUUCCGGCGAGGACUCCCAGAGUCCGAAACAAUCGGAGGGCUCGCAAGAAGAAGAUCAGGCGUUCGUGCCACCUCCCGAAUUAGAAAUUCCCGAAGGAAUGAUUCUGCCGGAGACACAGAAAUUGAGUGCCAUUAUAACAAAAACGGCGCUGUUUAUAAGUCAACACGGAAGCCAAUUGGAAAUCUUGAUAAAAACGAAACAGGCAAAUAAUCCGCAGUUUGCGUUCCUAUCGAUAGACGAGCCACUCCAUCAGUAUUACAAGUUUGUCCUCGAUGCUAUCAAGAAUGGAAAAUAUAAUCCCGAAAAGCAGCCUGAGAAAGAAGAAUCCGAAUCUGAGGAUGAGUCAGACCAAGAUGACGAAUCGUAUCUACAUCCAAGUCUUGCGCCAUCAUUUACCAAGAUUGAAGCGGCGCCUAGCAUACCGAGCAUACAAUACAAACCAUCAGCGGAUUGCGCGUAUUCCAUGCUCGUGAAUAAGAUUACGGGAAAACCACCGCCAUCCAAGGUACCGCAGGCAUUAGACCCGACGAUGCAGCCGAUGCCAACGGCUGGAUACUAUCAUCCAAUGCCACCACAGACUUAUCCUCCUUAUCCUACGCCCAUGCAGUACUCACACGGUCCGGUUAUAUAUGGGCCAAACGGACAGAUGCAAUCACAACUUGUCAAUAUGUCAACCAUGUCAAGCGACGCGACUAUGACGCAAACCACAUCAACCAAGGAAACACCAUCGCCCUUGGUACCGUACGGAAUACCUGCACAAAAGCCACUUAGCAGACCUUCCUUUAUUGUACCUCCAGCGGAUGUGCAAAUCAUCAUCGAUAAGAUGGCGAGUUAUGUGGCGAAAAAUGGUCGUGAUUUUGAGACGAUCGUUAAAAAUAAAGGAGAUUCUAGAUUCAAUUUCUUAGAACUGUCGCAUCAGUAUCAUGGUUACUAUGCGCACAAGUUGACGAUAUACGAAGGCGCGAUAAAUCCAAAAGUGUUGACGGAGGAGAAGCUGCUGCAAAAGCAAGAACCGCAAGAGGAAAAGCAAAAAAAAUUAGAGGAACUGCAGAAGAAGCAACAGCGAAUGGAAGAGGUGCAGAAGCGGGUGAAGAUGAUACAGGCAAAAAAGAAGAAUGGGGACACAAAGACGAAACAGAAUACGGGAUCCGCAAAACAGAUCACCACCGUAUCGUUCUCCAUCAAAAAGCCGAAAGAUGGGGAAAGCACGGUAAUCGAGAAAAGAAACGCGUUACCGUUGGAAGAAAGUGACGAAGAGAUUGAUGAUGACAAAAAGGACGCGAAUUCUAAACCCGGUUCACCUCAGAGUAUUGCUGAUUCUUCGAUUCCCACGAUCGAGGACAAGGAUCCGCCGAAAUCGGACAAGAAACCAAAAAGCGACGACAAAGAAUUGGUUGAUCUCACUGAUGAUAUCCUGGAAGAUUGUCAGAAGGAGAUCAGGCAUAAACAGGCACAGGAAGACAGACUCAAAGACAAGUUGAUGGCGGCCGCGCGAGAUAAGGUAUUGUCCAAAGAACGACAGUUACAACUUGAGAGGAAAAAAAAAGCUGCCAUCUUUCUCAGUCACAUCCAGACACCGAUAUCCAAGACCGGUUCUACCACUAUUACAGUAAAUCAAAAUUUCCGAAAAGAUGAUUCCGAUGAAGUGUAUUCUGUGCCAUCGCUACUGCUUGCUGAAGAAAAUAAAGAUAAAUCCUCACAUGAUACGAAGACAUGCGGGAAUUCCUUAAUGGAUCGAUUGAAGAGCGCAGACUUGAGUGGCAAGAGAUCACGACAGCGUUCCAGAAGUCGAAGCGGAAGUCGCACGGACAGGCAUAAACUACAUAAAAAACACAAGAAAAAGAAAAGUUCUCAUCGAAGUUACGAUAGCUCCAGCUCUUCACGCUCCCAUCGUUCCAAAAAGAACAAGAAAUCGUCUUCGCAUAGAUCGCGCUCGCGUAGUCCUUCGCAUAGACACCGACACAAUGUACGACACCGAGGGAGUAAUACGAGUUACUCGGACUCGAGUUCGCCUUGAUGACAUUUAUCCGCUUGAUUCAAAUAAGUGUGUCAAGCAAUGUUGUAUAUACGUACAUAAAAUGAAUAUACGUAACAUAUAUAAUUGCGUAUAUAUUGUGUGACGAUAAAUUUGAUACAAUUUUUGUCACAAAGUAACACAAAAAAAUUUACUUGCUCCUUAAUUAUCAUUAAACGUG